GGGAGGCAGAGGAGGCGCGGAGCGGGCGGCGGCGGCGGCGGCCUGAGGAAGAGGAGGAGGAAGAGCAGGCGGAGACGCCGCGCCCGGAGCCGGCCGGACCGAGCCGGGGGCGGGCUAGCCCGGAGGGGCGCGGCGGCCGCGGCAGAAGGGGGGGCGCUCUGCGGAUGGCCAGGCCCGGCCCGCGGGGGGGGUGAGGUCCUCGGCCCCCCCGCCCUCCCCCCCCGGCCCCCGCUCGCCCCCUCCCCGGCCCGCUCGCCCUCCGGGGCGGUGGGGCAUGGCCUGAGGGUCCCCCGUCUCCGGGGGGGUGGGGGGUGGGGGGAGGGGGGAGGGGCCGCGGGCGCCGCCGACCGGGACUCAGCAGCCCCGCCAGGCAGCAGCCGCCUGUGAUGCUGCUGUCCCCUGUCGCCCCGUGGCCCCACGAUGACCCACAGCCCCGCGUCAAGCGAGGACGAGGAACGCCACAGUGCCAGCGAGUGUCCCGAGGGGGGCUCAGAGUCCGACAGCUCCCCAGACGGGCCCAGCAGAGGCCCCCGGGGGACCCGGGGCCAGGGCAGCGGAGCACCUGGUAGUCUGGCCUCCACCCGAGGCCUCCAGGGCCGCUCCAUGUCUGUCCCGGACGACGCCCACUUCAGCAUGAUGGUCUUCAGGAUUGGCAUCCCGGACCUGCACCAGACAAAAUGUCUGCGGUUCAACCCUGAUGCCACCAUCUGGACAGCCAAGCAGCAGGUGCUCUGCGCCCUGAGCGAGAGCCUGCAGGACGUGCUCAACUACGGUCUGUUCCAGCCGGCCACCUCAGGCCGCGAUGCCAACUUUCUGGAGGAGGAACGGCUACUUCGGGAGUACCCCCAGUCUUUUGAGAAGGGGGUGCCCUACCUGGAGUUCCGAUACAAGACCCGGGUUUACAAACAGACCAACCUGGAUGAGAAGCAGCUGGCCAAAUUGCACACGAAGACGGGGUUGAAGAAGUUCCUGGAGUACGUGCAGCUCGGGACGUCCGACAAGGUGGCACGGCUGCUGGACAAGGGGCUGGACCCCAAUUAUCAUGACUCGGAUUCAGGAGAGACCCCCCUGACUCUGGCUGCCCAGACGGAAGGCUCUGUAGAGGUGAUUCGAACCCUGUGCCUGGGAGGGGCCCACAUCGACUUCCGGGCCCGGGAUGGCAUGACAGCGCUGCACAAAGCUGCAUGUGCCCGUCACUGCCUCGCUCUCACGGCACUCCUGGACCUUGGGGGCUCCCCCAACUACAAGGACCGCCGAGGCCUGACCCCUCUGUUCCAUACGGCGAUGGUGGGGGGCGACCCCCGCUGCUGUGAGCUCCUCCUGUACAACAGGGCCCAGCUGGGCAUAGCUGAUGAGAAUGGCUGGCAGGAGAUUCACCAGGCCUGCCAGCGGGGUCACUCUCAGCACCUGGAACACCUGCUCUUCUACGGGGCUGAGCCCGGAGCCCAGAACGCCUCGGGGAACACGGCCUUGCACAUCUGCGCCCUCUACAAUAAGGAGACCUGUGCUCGGAUCCUCCUCUAUCGAGGAGCCAACAAGGAUGUGAAGAAUAACAAUGGACAGACCCCCUUCCAGGUGGCAGUGAUCGCUGGGAAUUUUGAAUUGGGGGAGCUGAUCCGAAACCACCGAGAACAGGAUGUGGUGCCCUUCCAGGAGUCCCCCAAGUACGCAGCCCGGCGACGGGGACCCCCCGGCGUAGGGCUGACGGUGCCCCCGGCACUGCUUCGGGCCAACAGUGAUACCAGCAUGGCCCUGCCCGACUGGAUGGUGUUUGCAGCCCCGGGGACCUCGUCCUCUGGGGCCCCUGGCCCUACCUCCGGGCCCCAGGGCCAGUCGCAGCCCUCGGCCCCCAGCACCAAGCUCAGCAGUGGGACCCUCCGAAGUGCCAGCAGCCCCCGGGGCGCCCGGGCCCGCUCCCCAUCCCGUGGGAGGCACCCUGAAGAGGCCAAGAGGCAGCCCCGUGGACGGCCCAGCUCCAGUGGGACGCCCAGGGAAGGGCCGGCAGGGGGCACAGGGGGCUCAGGGGGCCCUGGGGGCUCCCUGGGCAGCCGCGGGAGGCGCAGGAAGCUCUACUCAGCAGUACCCGGACGCUCCUUCAUGGCCGUGAAGUCCUACCAGGCCCAAGCCGAGGGGGAGAUCUCCCUGAGCAAGGGGGAGAAGAUCAAAGUGCUUAGCAUCGGGGAAGGAGGCUUCUGGGAAGGCCAGGUCAAAGGUCGCAUUGGCUGGUUCCCCUCUGACUGCCUAGAAGAGGUGGCGAACCGCUCCCAGGAGGGAAAGCAAGAAAGCCGCAGUGACAAGGCAAAGAGACUCUUCCGGCAUUAUACCGUGGGCUCCUACGACAGCUUUGAUGCCCCAAGCGAUUACAUCAUUAAGGAGAAGACAGUCUUGCUGCAGAAGAAGGACAGUGAGGGGUUUGGGUUCGUGCUCCGGGGGGCCAAGGCGCAGACCCCCAUCGAGGAGUUCACCCCCACCCCGGCCUUCCCGGCACUGCAGUAUCUGGAGUCUGUGGAUGAGGGUGGCGUGGCAUGGCGAGCUGGACUUCGUAUGGGAGACUUCCUCAUCGAGGUGAACGGGCAGAAUGUGGUGAAGGUUGGCCACCGGCAGGUGGUGAACAUGAUCCGCCAAGGGGGCAACACGCUGAUGGUCAAGGUGGUGAUGGUCACCAGGCACCCGGACAUGGAUGAGGCUGUCCAUAAGAAAGCACCCCAGCAGGCUAAGCGGCUCCCGCCCCCAGCCAUCUCUCUGCGUUCCAAGUCUAUGACCUCAGAGCUGGAGGAGAUGGAGUAUGAGCAGCAGCCCGCGCCGGUGCCCAGCAUGGAGAAAAAGCGGACCGUGUAUCAGAUGGCUCUCAACAAACUGGAUGAAAUUUUGGCGGCAGCUCAGCAGACCAUCAGUGCAAGCGAGAGUCCUGGACCUGGUGGCCUUGCAUCGCUGGGCAAACACCGGCCCAAAGGCUUCUUUGCCACUGAGUCAAGCUUCGAUCCGCACCACCGCUCGCAGCCAAGUUAUGAACGUCCUUCUUACCUGCCUCCAGGACCUGGGCUUAUGAUCCGGCAAAAAUCUAUUGGGGCUGCAGAAGAUGAUAGACCCUACCUAGCACCCCCAGCCAUGAAGUUCAGCCGCAGCCUGUCUGUGCCUGGCUCGGAGGACAUCCCCCCGCCGCCCACCACGUCCCCACCGGAGCCCCCCUACAGCACACCUCCAGCCCCCUCCUCCUCUGGCCGCCUCACCCCAUCCCCCAGAGGAGGGCACUUCAACCCCAGUUCGGGUGGCCCGCUCCCCUCCUCUUCCCCCGCAUCCUUUGAUGGACCCUCCCCUCCCGACGCGCGUGUAGGGGGCCGUGAGAAGAGCCUGUACCACAGCGGGCCCCUGCCCCCCGCCCACCACCACCCGCCCCACCACCACCACCAUCACGCCCCGCCCCCCCAGCCUCACCACCACCACGCCCACCCCCCUCAUCCCCCGGAGAUGGAGACCGGCGGCUCUCCCGACGACCCCCCACCCCGACUGGCUCUCGGGCCCCAGCCCAGCCUGCGCGGCUGGCGGGGCGGCGGGCCCAGCCCCACCCCGGGCGCCGCGUCCCCGUCGCACCACGGCAGCGGGGGCGGGGGCAUCGGCUCCUCCCAGGCCCCGGCCCUGCGCUACUUCCAGCUGCCCCCCCGGGCGGCCAGCGCGGCCAUGUACGUGCCGGCCCGCUCGGGCCGCGGGCGCAAGGGGCCCCUGGUCAAGCAGACCAAAGUCGAGGGCGAGCCGCAGAAGGGCGGCGGCCUCCCGCCCGCCCCGUCGCCCACGUCGCCGGCGUCGCCGCAGCCGCCGCCGGCCGCCCCGUCGGAGAAGAACUCCAUCCCCAUCCCCACCAUCAUCAUCAAGGCCCCGUCCACCAGUAGCAGCGGCCGCAGCAGCCAGGGCAGCAGCACCGAGGCGGAGCCCCCCACUCAGCCCGAGGCUGCGGGCGGCGGCGGCGGCGGCGGCCCCUCGGCGCCGAGCCCCGCCCCGGCCAUGUCCCCGGUGCCGCCGUCGCCCUCGCCCGUGCCCACCCCCACCCCCACCUCGCCCAGCGGCCCGGCCACCCUGGAUUUCACCAGCCAGUUCGGAGCGGCCCUGGUGGGGGCGGCCCGGAGGGAAGGGGGCUGGCAGAACGAAGCCCGCCGGCGGUCCACGCUCUUCCUCUCCACCGACGCGGGGGACGAGGAUGGCGGCGACAGCGGGCUGGGCCCAGGGGCGCCCCCGGGUCCCCGGCUGCGCCACUCGAAAUCCAUCGACGAAGGCAUGUUCUCCGCCGAGCCCUACCUGCGGCUGGAGUCCGCGGGCGCGGGGGGCGGCGGCGGCUACGCGGCUUACGCGGCCGGGAGCCGCGCCUACGCGGGCGGCGGGGCCAGCAGCGCCUUCACCAGCUUCCUGCCGCCGCGACCCCUGGUCCACCCGCUGACCGGCAAGGCCCUGGACCCCGCCUCCCCGCUCGGGCUGGCCCUGGCCGCCCGAGAGCGGGCGCUGAAGGAGUCCUCGGAGGGUGGUGGGCCCCCCCAGCCCCCUCCAAGGCCCCCGUCGCCCCGCUAUGAGGCCCCGCCGCCCACCCCACACCACCACUCGCCCCACGCCCACCAUGAGCCAGUGCUGCGUCUCUGGGGGGCCUCACCACCGGACCCCGCCCGCCGGGAGCUGGGGUACCGGGCGGGGCUGGGCAGCCAGGAGAAGUCCCUUCCGGCCAGCCCUCCAGCUGCCCGACGCUCCUUGCUGCACCGCUUGCCCCCCACAGCUCCCGGGGUCGGGCCCCUCCUCCUGCAGCUGGGGCCAGAGCCCCCGCCGCCGCAGCCCGGGGUGAGCAAGGCGUGGAGGCCGGGGGCCCCCGAGGAGCCCGAGCGGCUGCCCCUACACGUGCGGUUCCUUGAGAACUGCCAGCCCAGAGCCAGUGGGGCGGGGGGAAGGGGACCCCCCUCGGAGGACGGGCCGGGGGUUCCGCCGCCCAGCCCACGCCGCUCCGUGCCGCCCUCGCCGACCUCCCCGCGGGGCGCUGAAGAGAACGGGCUUCCCCUGCUAGUCCUGCCGCCCCCCGCUCCCUCGGUGGAUGUGGAAGACGGGGAAUUCCUCUUCGUGGAACCGCUGCCCCCGCCCCUGGAGUUCUCCAACAGCUUCGAGAAGCCCGAGUCGCCGCUCACACCUGGGCCUCCGCACGCGCUGCCGGACCCGCCGAGCCCAGCCACCCCCUUGCCCCCCGGGCCACCACCUGCUAUUACUGCCGCACCUCCCACCCUGGACUCCACGGCAUCCAGCCUGACUUCCUACGACAGCGAGGUGGCCACACUGACCCAGGGGGCCCCCGUGGCUCCUGGGGACGCCCCUCCGCCAGGCCCACCGGCCCCGGCGGCCCCUGCUGCCCCGGCCCCCCAGCCUGGCCCAGACCCGCCGCCGGGCACGGACUCCGGCAUCGAGGAGGUGGACAGUCGGAGCAGCAGCGACCACCCCCUGGAGACCAUCAGCAGCGCAUCCACACUGAGCAGCCUCUCCGCCGAGGGCGGGGGCAGCGCGGGAGGGGGCGGGGGCGCCAGUGUGGCCAGUGGGCCAGAGCUCCUGGACACGUACGUGGCCUACCUGGACGGCCAGGCCUUCGGGGGGAGUGGGGCUCCCGGCCCACCCUAUCCUCCGCAGCUCAUGACUCCUUCUAAGCUCCGCGGCCGGGCUCUGGGCACCAGCGGAGGACUGAGGCCCGGCCCUAGUGGGGGACUCCGGGACCCUGUCACUCCCACCAGCCCCACCGUCUCGGUGACAGGGGCUGGAACGGAUGGGCUGCUGGCCCUGAGUGGUUGCACGGGACCCUCAGCGGCGGCUAUGGCCGGGGGUCCGGUGGCUCUCGAGCCGGAAGGCCCGCCAGUGCCCUUGCCAUCGGCCUCCUCUCUGCCUCGGAAGCUGCUGCCCUGGGAGGAGGGCCCGGGCCCCCCGCCGCCACCCCUGCCCGGGCCCCUGGCCCCGCCUCAGGCCUCAGCCUUGGCCACAGUAAAAGCCAGCAUCAUCAGUGAACUCAGCUCCAAGCUUCAGCAAUUUGGGGGCUCCUCGGCAGCUGGUGGCGCUCUGCCCUGGGCCCGGGGAGGCAGCGGGGGAAGCGGGGACAGCCACCACGGGGGAGCCAGCUACGUCCCUGAGAGGACCGCUUCCCUGCAGCGGCAGAGACUCUCUGAAGACUCCCAGUCCUCGCUCCUCUCCAAACCCGUCAGCAGCCUGUUUCAGAACUGGCCCAAACCACCUCUGCCGCCACUCCCCACAGGAAGCGGGGUCCCCCCUUCAGCCGCUGCAGCUCCAGGGGCCACCUCACCCUCAGCCUCCUCCUCCACGUCUACCCGCCACCUCCAGGGUGUGGAGUUCGAGAUGCGGCCGCCUCUGCUCCGCCGGGCCCCCAGCCCCUCACUGCUGCCCGCCUCAGAGCACAAGGUCAGCCCUGCGCCCAGGCCCUCGUCCCUGCCCAUCCUGCCUUCUGGACCCCUGUAUCCGGGCCUCUUUGACAUCCGCAGCUCCCCAACUGGAGGGGCAGGAGGCUCAGCUGACCCUUUCGCCCCUGUCUUUGUGCCACCACACCCCGGGAUUUCCGGGGGGCUUGGUGGAGCCUUGUCAGGGGCCUCCCGCUCCCUCUCACCAACCCGCCUGCUUUCGCUGCCCCCGGACAAGCCCUUCGGCGCUAAACCUCUGGGGUUCUGGACCAAGUUCGACGUGGCUGAUUGGCUGGAGUGGCUGGGCUUGGCUGAGCACCGAGCACAGUUCCUGGACCACGAGAUCGAUGGCUCCCAUCUGCCCGCCUUGACCAAGGAGGAUUACGUCGAUCUGGGUGUGACCAGGGUGGGCCACCGCAUGAACAUCGACCGGGCUCUCAGAUUUUUCCUGGAGAGGUGAUGGCUGGCCCGGACGGACCAGCCCGUCCACAGAACCCUUGAGCCUACUGGCCUCUUGACCUCUGACCCCUGGCCGUCAUUCUCUCCCCCUGGGCCAGGGACUCUGCUAGAACUGUGCCCUGCCCUCCUCUCCCAAGGCCGGAGGUCACCAGGUGGCCUGAGCCUGGCCAGACAUUUGCACCUCACAGGAGGGGGCAGCUGACACAAGACUGUGUGUGGAGCAGGGAGCAGGGGGGAGGUGAUGGAGGAGAUCACAGAGGGGGAUGGAGAAGGAGGGAAGGGUCGGUUCUGGGGAGGGGGAAACAGACAGAGCCAUAGAGGGUCAGCCCUGAGCCUGAUUGGAUGGGGGUUGUCCCCGGCCGCAGGGGAAGGGGGUGCCCUCAGAUUCCACCACCUGCCACCCCUCUAACAACCCUUCCCCCCCUCUCCAGGCCCCUGGGCUCUCCCUAUGCACCUUCCCCUCUCCCUAGCACACACAGCAGCCCCCGCCCCGGCCUCUUGCACGCUCCUUUGCACGCCUGCUUGCCUCUCCUCUCCCCGGGCUACAAUUUUGCACAAAUUUGCCCUCUCGCUGUCUUGCACACUCCGCCUUCGCUUCUGGCUCGUGAGGCCCUCUCAGCGCUCAGACACGCCCUGUUUCCCUAGCACACAUUGCAUCUCUUCUCCCACGUUCCGUACCCUUACUGUCUCAAACUCUCGCCUGUGUACUCUUCCCUUGGUACCCUCUCUUACACACCUCACUCCUGAAAAUCUCUAAACCCUUGCUGCAGACACACUUGGGACACCCUUUUCCCUACCCACUCACAAACUCUGUGCGCACAUACUUAUUCUGUGGAACACACCUGCCUUUAUUCAGCUCUUGCACACUUGCUAUCCCAUGCACCGCUCCUGACACGCUUGUGCCCAUCGUCUUUAAGCCUCUCCCCUUCUUGUUCUCGAACCCCCACGUUCUGACUCUCCCCACCUCUCCCUCUCACAGUGACACUCCCACGCCCUUCCCUGCCCCUCCCCUCCUCACGCCAUCACUUCUUAUCCCGCAUCUUGUACACCUGCCUCCCAGGAACUGCUUCUCUCUCAAAUGCUCGCUCCCUUCCUCUUUGCCAGGCCCCCACUCCUGCUUUUCCAAAUUUGUGUCCUGCUUCAUUCUCAACUCUUCUGUGAACUUUCUUGCACCCUCAACUCUUGCACACACGUCCUCCCCAGCACACUUCCGCUGCUCUUGAGGUCAUGUUCCUUCUCUAACAAUGUUCCUGCACACCAUGGCUUUGCUGCACACUCAUUCUUGAAUUCCUCCUUGUUCUUGUUGGCUCCUCAGUGACUGUUUCCAUCUCCCUGGCGGGAACUCGACUGUCUCUCUCCUUUUGCACACUUGUCUCCUAACACACUCUUGGGCUGUACUGUCGUUUCUUUUCCUAGCAUCCUUAUUUUUUGUGCCUGUGGAGGAACAGGUCUUGCAGACAUUCUUACCCUGCCUGUUUUCUCACCUCUUGGACACUCCUUUCUCCUGUCGAGAAGACCCUAUGCACACUCCCCUCUUGCUCACCAGGCCUCCACGCUUCCUCUUCUCCCUGCUCCAGUCUGUGACCCACAUCCCCCCUCCUCUCACUCUUCCUGGACCAUCUCUCCAUCCAUUUUGCACGAAGAUUCCCCCACCCCCGCCCCUAACCUUUCCUUCUCUCCAAGAAACACCUUCUCCCUCCAGCAUGGCUGUUCCUUCCUGCACGCUUCCCCCCUCCCUUUAUUCCUGGGGCUUGGGAAUUUUAAGCCACCCCUUCCCCUGGGAAGCCCCCUCUCCUACUGUGGGUAAAAGGGGGAGGGCAUCGCCCUCAGGUCCCCCCCAUGUUCAGCUGCCAAAGAAGGGAGCUCCCCCUCCUUUCCCCAAGCCCAUUCCCCUUCUGCUGCCCCCUACCCCCGGGGGGGGGGGCGCUCCGUCCAUAGGGGGGAGGGUGCUUGCAGCCCUCUCCCCUCACCACGUCAGGGAUCUGCGGGGAACCUUGUGGGAGGGUCGUGGGAGGGGGGAGGCGUGGCAAGGAGGGGGCAGAGGUCGCGCUGGGCCCCUACCCGCCCCCUCCCCCUUGUCGGAUGCCCCCCGUCCGCAGGGGGCCUGCGCGGCGCCCGUCU